AGCACCUUGGUGUAUGAGAUCGAUGAGAGACCUACUCUACGCGCCCUACCCGUCAACUGGCACUAGCUUGUCAGUUCACCAUGGGCCUCAUCAACGCCUUCACGUCGUCGCCGCAGAAGCAGCAGCUCCAUGAGCCGCUGCCGGCGAGCGCCGGCUUCCCGGCAAGCUCCAAGAAGCGCGCGCUGCUCGUGGGGAUCAGCUACGCCGGCACCAAGUACGAGCUCAGGGGCUCCGUCAACGACGUCAACUGCAUGAGCUACAUGCUCCGCGAGCGCUUCGGCUUCCCGGCGAGCUGCAUCCUCAUGCUCACACAGGAGGACAGGGACCCUGGGCGGGUGCCGACGCGGGAGAACCUGCUGCGCGCGCUACGGUGGCUGGUGGAGGGCACCAGCGCUGGGGACUCGCUGGUGUUCUACUUCUCCGGCCACGGCGUGCAGAAGCUGUACAUGGACGGCCACACGGUGGAGGGCUGCGACGAGGAGCUGUGGCCCGUGGACUUCGAUGGUGGCUCCCGCGGCGGCGUCAUCCUUGACGACGAGAUCAACGCCACCAUCGUGCAGCCGCUGCGCAGAGGCGUGAAGCUGCACGCCAUUGUGGACACCGGCCAUAGCGGGACCAUCCUCGAGCUCCCCUACGUCUGCCGCCUGUCCAGAACCGGCGGGAACUGGAAUUGGGAGGAACUGCAGAGCCGCCUCUCCGCCGGCAAGACCGCCAUGUCCACCAGCGGCGGCCUCGCCAUCUCCAUCAGCAGCUGCGGCGGCGACAGCCAGACGUCGCAGGACUUGUUGUUGGGAUCUGCCUACACCAGCGCCAUGACGUACAGCUUAAUCAAGGCGGUGGAGUCGGAGCCGGGCACCACCUAUGGCCGCCUGCUGACGGCGAUGAGGGCUACCAUCCGCGACAGCGGCAGGGAGUUCGGUGGCAUGGGCCCCAUCGGCACCUUCUUCCGCCGGGUAAUCACAUUCAGCCGUGCGCAGCAGGAGCCCCAGCUGUCCGCUUCACACACGUUCGACAUCUACAAGAAACCCUUUCUAUUGUGACUCGGUAAAGUUUAUUUCACGCUUGAGUACAUGUGCCCUCACUCUCCCAUCCAUUAUAUUAGAUUUCGCUUUGAGAAGGGUGGAAACACACAUCUCAAUGCGAAACUGCUUUGAGAUGUGUGUUUGCACACUUCUCAAAGUGGGAGAGUGAAGGGAUGUGCCCUUAAGAGCAAAAAAAAAAAAAAAAACCCGCCUCCAUCGUAACUCCUUCACUUUAUAUUUGCUAGAUUAUAGCUUUGCACGGUAUAUAUGCAGACAACGCGAGUGUAUCAAUAUCAUUGACACGGUUCGUAGUACUAGUAGGAGGUGUGUCCUUUUGUCUCUUUUAGAUAUAGGAGUACCUGCAAGUGAUGUACUCUGUAAACCAUAGGCGUGAAGGAGAUAUAAGGCAUACAUGAUUUUGAUACCA